UAGCUGCCUCUACUCUGAUUGGCUGAAAAGCUGUCAGUACGCGUACGUAAGAAGUUACUGUCGCUUGAUUUAGUCGUCACUAUCAACGAAAAGAAAAUGUAGUUUUUAUUCACCCAUUUGUUGUUUGAUUUCGAGACUGUUUAAUGACGACGGAACAACAAUUCCCAGAAAACACCAAGAUACCAAAGAGCUGCUCACCUUUCUGCCGUAUCCGCCUGUCACCCACUGUAUGCUAAGAGGAUAUCGGUAUCGGCUAAAUAGGUGAUAUGGGUAAAUGCAGAUUAUAAAAUUAAAUUUUUUUUAGAACAGAUAUUUUCUCAAACCUACAACCAUGUUUGGUCGGUCGCGGAGUUGGGUUGGAGGACAAGGAAAAGCGAAAAACAUCCAUUCGUUGGACCAUUUGAAGUACAUGUACCACAUUCUGACCAAAAACACCACGGUGACAGACCACAACCGAAACUUGCUGGUCGAGACCAUCCGCACCAUCACGGAGAUCCUCAUCUGGGGCGACCAGAAUGACAGCUCAGUGUUUGACUUUUUCCUGGAGAAGAACAUGUUUGUCUUCUUCUUAAACAUCCUACGUCAGAAAUCUGGUCGCUACGUCUGUGUUCAGCUGCUUCAGACCCUCAACAUACUUUUUGAAAACAUCAGCCAUGAGACUUCUCUAUAUUAUCUGUUGUCAAACAACCACGUCAACUCCAUCAUCGUGCACAAAUUCGACUUCUCAGAUGAAGAGAUCAUGGCGUACUAUAUUUCCUUUCUCAAGACGCUGUCGCUCAAGCUGAACAACCACACGGUGCACUUUUUCUACAAUGAGCACACUAAUGACUUUGCCCUGUACACCGAAGCCAUUAAGUUUUUCAACCACCCAGAAAGCAUGGUCCGCAUCGCUGUCCGCACCAUCACGCUCAACGUCUACAAAGUGGACAACCAGCACAUGCUGCACUACAUCCGAGACAAGACGGCGGUGCCUUAUUUCAGUAACCUGGUCUGGUUUAUCGGCAGCCACGUCAUUGAGCUGGACAAGUGUGUGCAGACGGAUGAAGAGCAUAAGAACAGAGGGAAGCUGAGUGACCUGGUAGCCGAGCACCUCGACCAUCUCCACUACCUGAAUGACAUCCUCAUCAUCAACUGUGAGUUCCUGAACGACGUGUUGACCGACCACCUCCUCAAUCGCCUCUUUCUGCCCCUCUACGUCUACUCUCUGGUUAGUCCUGAGACGUCUGAAGAGCGGAAGAUCAGCCCUCAGGUUUCCCUGUACCUGCUGUCUCAAGUGUUUCUCAUCAUCCACUACCAGCCUCUGGUCAACGCCCUGGCAGAUGUCAUCCUGAACGGAGAUCUGUCUGCCUUCAGCUCCCAGACAGACGUACACAGCACCCACAAAAACAUGCAGGUCAGUGCAGGAGGAGUGCGCCGGUUCAGCAAACCGCCCGAGUCUCUGGAGCGAUCCCUGGAGUUGUCCCGGCACCGGGGCCGAAAGAGAACACAGAAAAGGCCCAACUACAAGAACCUGGGCGAGGAGGAUGACGAAAGAGCGGGCGAAGGUGGCAGCAGUGGUGGAGGAGAGCUGGAGGAGGGCUGGGAUGAUGAGAACAUCAUCAGAGGCGGAGAGAGGGAGAAGGGAAAAGGUACAGAGGGAAUAGGAGGAGGCAGUGGGAGCUCUAAGGGAAGCAGAGCGAGUGGGGAGAUGGCGGAAGAGAUCGAAAUGGUGGUGAUGGACAAAUCGAAGGUAUCAGAUCUGACAGAACAGAACAUCACAGAUGAGGAGAAGACUGCUGCUGCCACACGAACACACACACAGAGGAGCAGGCCCUUCUUGGACAUGGUGUACAGUGCUCUGGACUGCACCAGCGAUGACUACCACGCCCUGUUUGUCCUCUGCCUGCUUUACGCCGUCUCUCACAGCAGAGGUGUGAACCGUGAUCUUCUGGAGCGUCUGCAGUUGCCGGUUCCAGGCCAGGAGAGGAGCUCCUACAGCGUGGUGCUUGUAGAACGACUGAUCAGAAUAAUGAACCAGGCAGCACAGCCAGAUGGUAAGGUACGCCUGGCUACGCUCGAACUGAGCUGCCUCUUACUGAAGCAGUCCGUGUUGUCUGGGACCCGCUGCAUCAUUAAAGAUGUACAUCUGGCGUGUUUAGAGGGUGCUCGGGAAGAAAGUCUGCAUUUACUCCGGACGUUCUACAAGGGGGAAGAAAUCUUCCUGGACAUGUUUGAAGACGAAUACAGAAGCAUGACGAGUAAACCCCUGAAUGUUGAAUAUCUAAUGAUGGAUGCAUCAAUCCUACUGCCGCCCACCGGUACCCCCCUGACUGGCAUUGACUUUGUUAAAAGAUUACCUUGUGGAGAUGUGGAGAAGACUCGACGGGCAAUUCGAGUGUUCUUCAUGCUGAGGGCUUUGUCACUUCAACUUCAAGGAGAACCUGAGACUCAGCUCCCUCUAACCAGACCUGAAGACCUGAUCAAGAUGGAUGAUGUCUUAGACCUCAACAACAGUGACCUUAUAGCCUGCAUGGUGGUCAGCAAAGAUGGCAGCCAGGCCCAGAGGUUCCUCGCCGUCGACGUCUACCAGAUGAGUCUGGUUGAACCAGAAACCAAACGCCUCGGAUGGGGGGUAGUCAAGUUUGCUGGACUUUUGCAAGACAUGCAGGUGUCCGGUGUGGAGGACGACAGCAGAGCUUUGAAUAUCAUUAUCCACAAACCCAGCUCCAACCCUCACGCCAAGCCUUUGCCCAUUCUGCAGGCCAACUUCAUCUUCGCCGACCACAUCCGCUGCAUCAUCGCCAAGCAGAGGCUGGCCAAAGGCCGCAUUCAGGCCCGCCGCAUGAAGAUGCAGAGGAUUGCAGCCCUGUUGGACCUGCCGGUGCAGCCCGGUGCUACAGAGGUGUUGGGCUUUGGUCAGACGGCCAACGCUUUGCCCAGCGGCCUCCCGUUCAGAUUCUACGAGCAGUCCAGACGGGCGCCCAACGACCCGACGGCCAACAGAUCUGUGUUUGCUUCCGUCGACAAAGUUCCAGGUUUUGCUGUGGCCCACUGUAUACCACAACACAGUCCCUCACCCCUCUCCUCCCCUUCGCCUCCCUCCAGUGGGAGUGGAAGCACGGGAAGAUGUGACUCUGUUACUGCAAGCACCAUUUCAGCUCAGAGCCCUGCAGAUGAUUCUGCCUUUUUGGAGCGCACCCCAUCCUCCUCCUCAGGUGGAGAAGGUGAAGGGGGAGGAGAAGCAUCACAAGCUCCCUCCACCCCGGCCCCAGCUCCAGCCCUGGCACCGAGCCUCACUCCGGCCUCCCAGCCCACCAUCUCCCUCCUCACAGAUAACCUGAGCGUGGAGUCGCUCACGCUGCUGCCCCCCGCCGACUCCCCCCACCUGCAUCCGUGUGCUGCUGCUCUCUCUCUUCAGAGACCAGACGCCUCUGUUUUAGAAGAGGAGGACGCGUCUCCGACGGACGAGACGGAUAUCACAGUAAAAGAUGAAACUACUGAAACGACUGAGUUGGUCACGCCCACUGAUGAAGGAGGUGAGGAUGCUCCGGUAAAUGGAGACAGCACGGCGGAGCGGGAGGAGAAGGAAAAUGUAGAGGUCCAGUCUGAAACACCAGAGUCGCCUGAGCUGGAUUGAAGUGACCUGUAACCAUGGUAACAAUGGCUACAGUAUGCUUUCAUGCUGAGGUUGACGUGUGUGGUGUAAAAGGCCUGAAGAGGAUCUCAUCUGUUUGUUUGCACAUAAAGAAAAACACUUUUCACCACCAGAGGUGGACUCUGGUGGAACCGCAGCCGAGAUCAAAGCACAUUAGGUUUUCUGACCAGUGGCUCCACUUUUUAUCCCGCGUGUAUCGAGGCGUGUAACCAGCAACGUUUUCUACUCGUUCUGACCCACCUGCCUCCAACACACACACACACAUGCUAACAAGUCCUUUCUUUUUUGUCUUUGCUGUUCCCACUAUUGUGCUGCAGUUUGUAUGCUAAACACACACACACACACACACACACACACACACACACACACACACACACACACACACACACACAGUUUAUAGUUUAGUCCCCAAAGGCAUCUUUCAUUGUACAUUUUUGCAUCUGAAUGAAAUGACAGAGGUGUGUAAAGGCAGCUCUUUGAAUGUACCUGUGUGCGUGUGCGUGUGUGCGUGUGUGUGUGUGUGUGUGUGUGUG